AUGAAUAAAGAGGAGAAGAAGUUAAAUGAUAAAACUUAACCAAAAAGUGCAUUAAAGAAAGAGAUUAAAAAAGGAAAUUAGAGUAUUUAAGAUCAAAAUAACUUAAGUUUAGAGGUUUGAUAGAAAAGGUCAAGAAAUUAAAUAAGGUUCAAAAUAUGAGAUCACAAUCAAUGAUAAAGCCUAAUUAGUCACUCUUGAUAGUGAAUAAAAUCAAAUUGUUAAUCUAGAUUUAUUGAAUUCUUCUAAAUAAGAGAAUAUAGAAAUUUAUACAAAAACAUGUUUAAGGACCUCCAGAAGUUUAGAACUGAAUACAUAAGAGGAAGCGUUUUUAAAGAUGCUGAGUUAAAAUUUCGAAAAAAAUAAGAAAAAGGGAAAAAGAAAAGAGUGCUGCAUUAUUUAUUGA